AUGUCCUCGUCGGCGUCUCCGGCGAACCGCCGUCCCCGGGGCCCGCUGGCGCUGGGGCUGGAGUCGUCGGCGAACAAGAUCGGCAUCGGCGUGGUCUCCCUCUCGGGGGACAUCCUCUCCAACCCGCGCCACACCUACGUGACCCCGCCGGGCCAUGGCUUCCUUCCCCGGGAGACCGCGCAGCACCACCUCGGGCACCUCCUGACUCUCUCCGCGCCGCGCUCGCCGAGGCCGGUCGCCGCCGCGGCCGCCCGCGCGCUCUCCCUGCUCUGGAGGAAGCCUCUCGUGGCGGUCAACCACUGCGUUGCGCACAUCGAGAUGGGCCGCGCGGUCACUGGGGCCGUGGACCCCGUCGUGCUCUACGUCUCCGGCGGAAACACGCAGGUUAUCGCCUACAGCGAGGGGAGGUACAGGAUCUUCGGGGAAACCAUUGAUAUCGCCGUCGGGAACUGCCUUGACCGAUUCGCCAGGGUCCUUGAGCUCUCCAAUGACCCUAACCCCGGCUAUAACAUCGAGCAGAUGCUUGUUUGUGUGAGUGUUUUUCUAGCACGAAGCCUUGUCACCAUCAGCCACUGCAUCACAUACAUGUAA